AUCAAAAUGAUGUCGAAAUGAUCGAUGACUCGAAAAUGAUCAUUAAAAGUUAUUUUUCAAUCAUUUCCGAUUCAUUUAAAUGUCAUUUUGACAUUUCCGUGACUAGUUGUUCUAUGACAGUUUAGAUUUACAUCCAGUUAGCAUAUAUCAUCGCGGAAAGGAAAUAGAAAAUUUAUUAUUGUGUGAUAUAUCAACGCGUUACGUGUGCUAAGAGACGACGCGUAAUCAGUUAAAUUUCAGAUCAAAGUCUUUGGCUGUGGUAUCAGUUGUUGGGCACAUUGACGUAUUUUAUGUGCAACAAGUCUUACUCCGUUUUACAAGAGCGACUUUUCGUUACUUUUUGUUUGCGAGAAAUUCUUUGCGAAAAUUCGUUAAUUCAGAUAAGUGUAAUAAUACAAAAUGGUACAAGUCUGUAUAAUGAGUGGUUGCAACAACAAUUCUGAAAAAUGUAGCGGUGAACGUAUAAGUUUCUUUCAAUUGCAGAAAAACCAAAUUAUGCAUGAAACUUGGCUGCGAAGAAUCGGAAAAAAUCACAAAUCUCAUAAUGGAAAAUUUGCAAAAGUGUGUUGCAUUUUUCGGAAGAUUCAUUUAUGGUACCAAAAAGGAAAUCGAAAGUUACAGAGGACAAGAGAAGACUACGCCUUUUACAGAGCUGCUAUACCAACUUUGUUUUCAACAUCAAUAGAAAAGAGCUUUCAGGAUACUGCGGUAAACAUGGAUUUUAAAAUUAUUCGUUGAGAAUUUCCACUUGUCAGUAAUCCAGGCACAAGCAGAGGCGAGAAGGAAGAAAUCAGCAGUAAGAUUGAUGCAAUGGAUAAAUCUUGCGGCAUGUUACUUCUAAUAACAACGAAACUGAUGCCAUUGUGGUAACAUCAAUAGUGGGUUCAAGAAGAUUUUUAAUGGAGAACUGUGAUGACAACAUCAACAGCAAUGGCUAAAAACCAACCGAAAUGUACGAUUUAAAAACAAAUAUGACGUUUCUUAAGGCAGACCUGCAGCAUUAGCGUUCAUUGCAUGAAUUUAACAUGCAAUCAAAAUAUACAUAUUUCGCAAUGCAAAUUGCCCCUAGAGGCAUUGAAGCAACAAUUGCAAGAAGAAGACCAACAAUUGCAAGAGAAAGACGAACAAUUGAAAAAAAUAUCUGCCAAAAAGGAACAGAUGCUGAAUUGAUUAAUGAUCUUCAAGCACAAUCGGCGAUCACUACUGCGACUCUCGAAGACGACAGAAAAAAAUACGUCACAGAACUGUUAAAACCGUA